AUGGAUCAACAAUCAGUAGACGUUGACGAUAUCAUUGAUAGAUUGUUGGAAGUGAGAGGGUUGAAACCUGGCCAUCAGGUUGACUUGGAAGAACACGAGAUUAGGUAUUUAUGUUCCAAGGCCAGAUCUAUUUUCAUCAAGCAGCCAAUCCUAUUGGAAUUGGAGGCACCAAUUAAGAUUUGUGGUGAUAUCCACGGUCAAUAUUAUGAUUUGUUACGUCUUUUCGAAUACGGUGGGUUCCCACCAGAAUCCAACUAUCUGUUUUUAGGUGAUUAUGUGGAUCGUGGUAAACAAUCGCUAGAAACCAUUUGUUUACUGUUGGCUUACAAGAUCAAGUAUCCGGAGAAUUUCUUUAUCUUGCGUGGUAAUCACGAAUGUGCAUCGAUCAAUAGAAUUUACGGGUUUUACGACGAAUGUAAGAGACGUUAUAACAUUAAGCUUUGGAAAACUUUUACGGAUUGUUUCAACUGUUUGCCUAUCGCUGCGAUUGUCGAUGAAAAAAUCUUUUGUAUGCAUGGUGGAUUAUCCCCAGAUUUAAAUACCAUGGAACAAAUCAGACGUGUGAUGAGACCCACCGAUAUCCCAGACGUGGGGUUAUUAUGCGAUUUGUUAUGGUCCGAUCCGGAUAAAGAUAUCGUUGGAUGGUCAGAAAACGAUAGAGGUGUCUCGUUCACUUUUGGUCCUGACGUAGUGAGUAGGUUUUUACAAAAACAAGAUAUGGAAUUGAUCUGUAGAGCACAUCAAGUCGUCGAAGACGGAUACGAGUUUUUCAGUAAAAGACAAUUGGUAACAUUGUUCAGUGCUCCAAACUACUGUGGUGAGUUCGAUAACGCUGGUGCUAUGAUGUCUGUUGAUGAAAGUUUAUUAUGUUCGUUCCAAAUCUUGAAACCAGCUUCUAAGUUAUUGGAACGAAACGUAGUGAGAAGAAAGAAAUGA